AUGCAAGCCUCGUCGACGAACCAACACAAUAACCAGCCUCUCGCUGCUGCCUUCAGUGGUGUAGCAUCAACACCGUAUUCCCUUUUCGAGAUCAGACUUGAACGCGAAUUUGUUGUCUUUUGGGGUAGCCGAUAUGAAUCAACAGAUCAACUACUCAAGGGCGUCGUAGUCCUGUGUCUACAGUCGCCACUCAAGCUCGAUGAAGUCAGACUUCGCCUAGAUGGUACUGUACGCCAUGCAUGGCUAAACGACCCCGGCGUAGCGCACAACACCAGCAUCAUGAAGCACAAGUGGCCCUCAUUGCUGGAAACAGGUGGCAGGAGCGUCACUCUACCAGCUGGCAACUAUGAGUGGCCGUUCGAACUGAUGAUGGCGGGAGACACUUCUGAGAGCCUUGAGGGUAUCCGGGAUGCUUCCAUAACGUAUGGGUUGAGAGCAACUAUCAGCAGAGGCAAGCUUGCUCGGCAUAUCAGUUGCACCAAGAAGCUUCGAAUAAUCCGCACAUUUGCACCAACUGCCCUGGAGUUCAUGCAUAACAUGAGUGUCGAGCAGACAUGGAUCAAUAAAGUCGACUACUCGGUGUCUAUACCGACCAAGGCCGCUGUAUUCGGCGGCUCGAUAGUUCUCGAAACACGAUUUACACCACUGGUCAAAAGGCUCGAGAUUGAAAAGAUCGUCGUAACUUUGGUGGAGUUUCAGGAGUUCAGCAUGCACAGCAGACACUAUAUCUACACAAGAGAACACAAAAGCAAGCGCGAGAUCUCCCAGUGGGACUUUGAGAUGUCAAGAGAGCAAUAUUGGCAGGACACUAUAGAGGAAACGGGUCAAGAGGGAUGGGUUAUGAAGAAGACGCUUCAGUUACCGAAGAGACUGAGCGAGUGCAUUCAAGACAUAGACACACAAGGCAUCAGGGUCUAUCACAAACUCAAGAUACACAUACCCAUUCGGAAUCAGGACGGACAUGUCUCGCAUGUAAGUCAACCAUUUUCAAGGUACAGAGCGCAAGGGCUAACUUCUCAGCUUGACUUGGGUAUUCCAGUUAAUAUCUUCAUUUCACCGUCCAUCACUCUUGACGACCAAGGCAACUUGAUCGACCAAGCCCCUACUACACAAGGACCACCAAACGAAUUGAUAGGACCGCCAGUGUAUGGAGAACACAUUCUCGACCAAUUAUACGACAGUCUGGAGGACUGGCAGAUUCCUGGCCAAGGUACCCACCAGGGCGAGGGAGAAGGAUCUGGUACCAGCACUCCUCAUCACGCAGACUCGAAUGAGAGUCAGAUAUACGAGAGCUCCAACACAUUAGAAUCGUCGCAGUCAAGCCAGAGCCACAACCCAUCUCGCAGCUCAUCCGAAACUGUAUCUACCGACCCAGAAGAAUUUGCUGAACUUAGCAAAGUCCCGACAUAUCGCACGGCGCUCCGGACUCCAUUGCAACCGCAUGCCCAGCAAGGUGGAGCCCUGCCUCCUGAUUAUCGAACAGCCUCUGCAACGGCAGCGACCGAUAGUUGA